AUGGUCAAAUUAACUCAAGUCGAAGACGAACAAGAAGCUAUUUUCCAACAACAAGCUGCUAGCGAAGCCAAAGAAGCUGCUUCAACUGCUUAUGAUGAAGAAUCUGAUUCCGAUGAAGAUGAUGAUGAAUUCGACGAAGAUGAAACUUUAUAUGAUAGAAUUGUUGCUUUAAAAGAUAUAAUCCCACCUCAUCAAAGAACACAAGUAUCAAAUAUCUUCUCAAGUGCAUACUCAACCGUUUACUCUGGUGUUUCUAAAGCUGGUAAUUUCACAUGGAUCUUCACUACAAGUGCUCUUCUAUUAGGUGUUCCAUUAUCUUUAUCAAUUUUAGCUGAACAACAAUUAUUAGAAUUGGAAAAAGAAUUCAAAUUACAACAAGGUGCAAAUGAUAUCUUAGCUCCAGGUGCUGAACAACCACAACAACCAGGUGUUGCUGCUCCAGCUCCAGCUAACUAG